UUUGAGAGAAGUGCGAAUUGUGGUAGGCCUGUCUUGAAAGUGGAGACACGCCUCUGCAUAUUGCAGCAAAGAGCAAAAGCAUUCGCAUGGUGGAAUCGCUGCUGCAAAUACAGGGUAUAAACAAAGAUGCCGUUAAUAAAAAGGGCUUAACGGCCCUCGACAUUGCAAGAGAAAACACAGAGUACCACGAAUGCCACAAUAUGAUAGCAAAGCUGGCGAACUAUCCCCCAAAGAGAAGGCAUUUCCUGUAUACCUUCCCAAACGUGAGCCCACAAAAAUACGAGAAUGCCAUUAUGCUGGUGAACAAAGCGUAUGAGGACAGGCGGAACGCAGAAUUAGUGGUGGCCGUGUUGUUAGCAACAAUGUCAUUUACAGCCGCCUUCACCAUUCCGGGUGGUUUCAAAACGGAGCUGGAGAAGGGAGAGACAGAGAAAAUGUUAUGUUCCCCUCUUCUGAUUGGGUUGCUUUCGUUUAAAGCAUUUCUCAUUUUUUAUUGUCUGGCCUUCUUUCUGUCGCUCUUUGUGGUGCUCAUGUGGCAUUUGAGUACACCUCUCACCACGUGAAAUAAAGUAAUGUUCCUCUUUGUAACCAACAUCUUGGUUUGCUCCAGCUUUGGCUUCACGGCGUUAGCUUUCGUUGCUACAGUGUAUACAAUGCUUGUUCACAAGAUUAACACUUUGGCUUUCUUCGUGCUUGGCUUCUGCACCGUCAUAUGUUGUUGUGCUUUUCUCCUUCUUCUCUGUGUGAAUAUAAAGUUUGCAAUAAAGAUGGCGAGAUUCAAACAUCUGCAUGGUGUAACUCCUCUUGUUGCUGACCCAAUGGUAGAGUGUCUGUGGAUAAAACUGGAACGUCUGGGGUUUUUGACCUGCUGCGCCCGGAGAAAGGGCAGGGCGAAUCUUAACAGUGGGUGUAUGGAGAAUGUUCAGAUAGAACCUCGAAAUCAGGUAACUGUGGGACUUGACCAAAGACAAGGGAUAGAGCAUAGCUGGCAGUGGUAAGUAAUGAUUGGAAAAAAUCCUUUAACAAGUCCGAAAUUUUCCUCCUGGAGUUCUGCAGACUAAAACUUCCGAGCAUCCAGCCAUAAGCUCAAGUAUGGAUGGAAUCCGGUAGAUUAUUUUUAAAUAUGAUUUUGUCUGUAUUGAAGUUUUGUAAGUUGAAUGUUGAUUUAAAACUUUCGAGCA